UGUUUCAAUAAAUUUUACUGUUUGCACAUCUUUAGAUCUUUGAUUAAGUACAUGUUGUUUGCUUUCAGUUUCAGUUCUAACCGAAUCCUUGUUAACGUUUUAAAUGUGUACCUAUUUUUAAGAGAUCUUGUGCAUCGCCAAAUUGCUAUGGACGCCGUCGCCCACAUGGCACUAGGAGUUUGUGGCUUCAGUUGCGAGGAUGCCCUAAUUCAUUUGUUGAACUACGUGUGGCCGAAUGUUUUCGAAACGUCACCGCACGUUAUCCAGAGAUUCAUUUUUGCCUGUGAAGGAAUGCGCGUUUCUCUUGGUCCAUGUAGAGUAAUGCAGUACUGCCUUCAGGGUUUGUUUCAUCCUGCCAGAAAAGUCAGAGACCCGUACUGGAAAGUGUAUAACAAUCUUUACAUCGGAAAUCAAGAUGCGUUAGUCGCUUUUUAUCCUCGAGUGCUGAAUGACGAACGGAACACUUAUGUUCGUUAUGAACUGGAUUAUUUGAUUUAA